AUGGUGAUUGUUUUAAUUAUGCAUCCCAUUGAACCUCCAAAUCUCAGUUACGUAUCCCUUCGUGUAUUGGCUCCUCUUCCCUUAGAUGAUGGAGAAGGUUCUCAUACUCAGCUCGUUGAUACUCUUUCGGGUAUUGCAAGAAAACCCAAUGGAGAAGAAACUUCAACUGUUACUGAGAACGAGGAUGGUGAUAGUUUUGAUCUUGGAUCGUUUUGUUUAGAACCGUGUAAUGUCAAACGCGUUGUGCCUGAGAGAGUUCUGGUUGUAAAGUUCUUACCUAGCGACGGUGUUAAGCUGGUUGCUGCUGGAGACAACUGUAGAUCAUGCAAAGGCUGUGUACCUGCUUAUUUCUCACCUUCUGGUCUCUCACUUGCAACUACAAGCCGUGACAACUAUGUUGGUGUUCUAAGUGGUGCUAACUUUGAGGAUACUUCUAUGAUAUAUCACUUUAGUAGCACUGUUUGUUCUAUCUCUAAUUUCAGGGGAGUAUGGGGGUGGGAUGAUUCACAUAUCUUUGUCGGCAAUGUGGCAAAAGGAAUCGGCGGCAAUCAGACAAGAGGAAUUGAUGUGAUCUCUACGAAACUAAAACGAACAGUGAAGAAGCUGCAGAGCCCUCUUUUGAAAGAUGUUAUGAGCAGACUCUAUUGCCAUCCUCUUAAUGUUGGGAUGCUUGCAGGUUCCACAGCUGGAGGGUAUGUCUAUGUUUGGACCACAAAAUAGCAUAUACGUAAGCCAUUCUCAAAUCACAUCUUGUAACCAGCAUGAGGUGCUGCUGUCUUGUUUUGUUUUGGAGCAUUUCUUGAAGGUUUCUGUGUGUUCCAAAACAUUCUCUUUUUAUUUUCUCUUAGGUGUAACAAGACACCAAAAACUUCAAACCACUGCAUAAGAAAUGCAAAAACAGAAGUAACAUACGUAAACAGAA